AUGGCCGCCCUGGAGAGCGAAGGCUGGCACGUCUCCGCGCACGCGCUGCUCGCGCUGCUCGCCGCGAAACCCCCCUCCGCGGACGGCGGCGCACCGGAUCCGCAAGCCUCCCCCGCGUCCGCCGCUUCCGCGCCGUCAGGCCAGCUUCUUGGCGCGGCGCAGAGCGCGCCGAUGUCGGCGCAGCAGGUGCGCGCGGCGGCCUUAGACCUGGACCUGCGGCGGUUCGGCGAGGCGUGCUUGCCGGACGACGUCAACCGCGCCGAGUACCGCCGCCGGCCGGGGAAGCUCUUCGUGCAGGUGGUGUCAGUCAGCCGUGAACGUGUGCGAGCCCUGGGCGGGGAGGACGCUGAGUCACCUUGCUCUGCACUCCCCGCGACCCUCCUGCUGCCCCGCCCCCGUCUCUCCCCUCUAGUGGUGUCAGCCGUGAACGUGUGCGAGCCCAGGGGCGGGGAGGACGCUGAGUCAGCCGCCGCCGCCGCUGACGAGGACGACCGCUGGGAUGACGACAGCAAUCCGCCCGCCCCCCCUGCUGCCCCUCUCCUGCUGCUUCCACUUCCGCUGUUGGUGUGGAUGGGGGAGGCGAGGUGCAGUAGGUGGCAGCGGGGGCCGAAGGCUGCUGCGCAUUCGGGUGACGGACGGCAAGAGGAAUGCGAGUGCUGUGGAGAUGCAUCCCUGCCCGCACGUGCCCGCUGCUCUUGCUCCGGCACCAAGUUGGACGGACGGCAAGAGAAUGCGAGUGCUGUGGAGAUGCAUCCCUGCCCACACGUGCCGGUCGCUCUUGCUCAAGGCACCAAGGUUACUUACUUUGGUCACCAAACGCUCCCUGCUUCACACUGA